AUGUCGGCCAAGGCCCCUCCAAAAACACUCCAUCAGGUUCGCAACGUGGCGUACAUCUUUGCCGCAUGGGCAGGCCUCCAGAAGGGCUUCGCGGAAAAGUCGGCCAACGAUAAACUGUGGGUUGAACACCAACGCCAUGUACGCCAGCAGAACGCUGAAAAGCAGCUUGCGGCACACGCUUUGCAGGAGGCGAAUCGUGGUGCGGAGACAGAAGGAAGCAUUCCUGAGAUCGUUCCCAAGGAGCUUCACGAGCUUGUUAAGGCAUUUGAGAAGUAG